GGGAAGAGGACGUGCCAGUUGAUGUGUUACGACAGAGGGAAGCAAAAUGGCUGGAUAUGCUUUCAAACUGGGAUAAAUGGAUGGCAAAAAGGCACAAAAAGAUAAAGCUGAGGUGUCAAAAGGGAAUACCGCCAGCACUACGUGGCCGAGCAUGGCAGUACCUUUCUGGAAGCAGAGUAAAGAUGGACCAGAGCCCCCAUAAAUUUGAUGAGCUGGACUCAAUGGCAGGUGAUCCUAAAUGGCUGGAUGUAAUAGAACGAGAUCUCCAUAGGCAAUUUCCUUUCCAUGAAAUGUUUGUGGCACGAGGGGGUCAUGGGCAGCAAGAUCUCUUCAGGGUACUAAAAGCUUACACUCUGUACAGGCCCGAUGAAGGAUACUGUCAGGCCCAGGCACCCAUUGCAGCUGUCCUGCUAAUGCACAUGCCAGCAGAGCAAGCAUUUUGGUGUCUGGUGCAGAUCUGCGAGAAGUACCUGCCGGGAUAUUACAGUGAGAAACUGGAAGCGAUUCAGUUGGAUGGAAGGAUUCUGUUUGCACUGCUUCGAAAAGUGUCUGCAGUGGCCUACAAACACCUGAGCAAGCAAAAGAUUGACCCCAUCUUGUAUAUGACAGAAUGGUUCAUGUGCGCAUUUUCGCGGACACUUCCCUGGAGUUCUGUUUUACGAGUGUGGGACAUGUUUUUCUGUGACGGUGUAAAAAUCAUCUUUCGAGUUGCACUUAUCCUUCUUAAGUAUACGAUUGGCUCCACCGAAAAGCUCAAAUCAUGUCAGGGACAGUAUGAAACUAUGGAGAAGUUGAGAGCAAUUGAUCCAAAAUACAUGCAGGAAGGUUUUUCUUAUCCCAGAGAUUGUGGAAUUGCCCAUCACAGAGCGGGAUGUGGAACGUGAACAUUUGAUCCAGCUAAAGAAGUGGAAGGAAGAAUUUGGUGAGCUGCAGUGCAAAUCCCCUUCCCGUAUGCAUGGGGCCAAAGCGAUCAGUGAUGCUGACCCUAUAGGCCAUAAGCCUUUGGUGCACUCCCCUUCCAUCAUCCUCCCAUCCAAUGCAAGCAGUGGGAAGAAGACCAAGGAGCAGAAACAUGAAGAGAAGGAACAGGAAAAGCAGCGAAGUAAGGAGAUGAGGGAGAGGGAGAAGAUUGAAAAAGAGAAAAAAAAAGUUGAAAAGAAAAAGAGUAAGGGAAAAGCUGACCAGUCCAAUGGGGCUGUGAAAGAGAAAAAUGGAAAGGAAAAUGGAACCGAGGGGAACAGAGAUCACCGGCAGGAACCGGUACAGCCUCUCUUGGCCAAAGGAACCCAAAACAACUCUUUAAAUGUGCAUCAGUCCAGCGAGAGUUUGUGCUCCAAAGAAAGUGAAGAUACUUAUUUAUAA